AUGAACAAGAACGAUGGCUUCAUCAUCAUCGGCGCCGGUGCCUUUGGGCUCUCCACAGCCCUAAGGCUCGCCCAGGACGGACACACAUCCGUCACUGUCCUCGACAGAUGCAUGCCCCCGGUUCCAGAUGGGAGCAGUAACGACAUCUCGCGCAUCAUCCGAUUCGACUACGGCGAUCCAGUCUACGCCCAGAUCGCCAAAGAGGCGUACGACCUGUGGAAGACAACCGAGUACUCGGAGGCAUUCCACCAGACGCCCUGUCUAUGGGUGUCGCAGGAAGGAACCCCGGGGCGGCCGGUGCAGGCCGGUGCGGCUGGGUACACCCGCAGGACGCGGCAGGUGUUGACGGAAAUGGGGCAGGAGUGGCAUGCUGUUUCCAGCGUCGAGGAGGCGAAGAAACGGUUCCCUGUGUUGAGUGGGAAGCUGGCAACGCCUGGCUUUGACGGGUUCUACAAUACCAAUGCUGGCUGGGCGGAUGCGGGACUAGCAAUUCAGAGACUUGCGAGUCGCUGCGUGGCGGCGGGAGUCAGCUUUAUUACCGGUCCGAAUGGCCAUGUCGUCGAGUUCGAGUAUGGGCAGAAUGGGAGGGUUGAUGCCGUUCGAACUCUCAAUGGUAACCGCAUCACUGGUAAUAGAUUUAUCGUUGCGACUGGCGCCUGGACGGCGAGUCUCAUCCCCUCGUGGAACUCGAUGGUGGCUGCUGGACAGGUUGUUGGAUGGCUUCGUCUGACACCCGAGGAGAUGAUUCGGCUUAAGGACCUCCCCAUCUACUUCAAUUUUUCAACAGGCUUCUUCUGUUUCCCCAUCCAUGAGGCCACGGGGUACCUGAAAGUAGCCGUGCACGGAUUCGGGUAUACAUCGCCACAUCCAAAAGCUGUAUCUGCACCACCAAGCUCCGCUGUCUCUGCACGAACCAACUUCAUUCCUGCAGACGGAAUGGAACGGCUUUUGGCGGGUCUGAGAGAUAUUUUGCCUGAAUUUGGCGAACGGGAAUUCGAGAAGGUGGGUUUGUGUUGGUACAACGACACGCCAACUGGAGACUUCAUCUUCGACUAUCAUCCUGAGCACAAGAACCUGUUUAUUGCAACAGGCGGAAGCGGACAUGCUUUCAAAUUCCUCCCUGUCCUGGGAAAGUACAUUGUCGGUAGUAUCGAGCGGAAGCUGCCGAGCGAACUGCUGGAUAAAUGGAAAUUCCCCACACAGUUCCGUGAAAUGUUCCAAGAGAAUGCUUUUCAUGGGGAUGGCAGUCGUGGAGGUCCCGAGAGACGAGAGAUGACACCUCAAGAGCGGGAGAUGUAUACUGCUGCAAUGACGAGUGCAUCAGUGAGAAUAAGUAAGAUCUAG